CCACAGCCUGGUCCCGCCCCCCAAAAAACAUACAGCUUCCGCUAAGAUGGUAGUCGGUGCGUUCCCCAUCGCCAAGCUCCUCUACCUCGGAGUGAGGCAGAUGAGCAAACCCGUUGCUAACAGAAUAAAAGCAGGUGCAGUGAGGAGUGAAUUCUUCAAGAACUAUGUCUGUCUUCCUCCAGCACAACUGUACCACUGGAUUGAGAUGAGGAGCAAGAUGAGGAUCAUGGGGUUCCGUGGCUCCAACAUCAAGCCGCUGAACGAGGAAGCAGCGGCGGAAUUGGGGGCUGAGCUCCUAGGCGAAGCCAUCAUCUUCCUGAUCGGCACGGGAUGCAUGGUGCUGGAGUACAGUCGCCAGGCCUCCAACGCGGCCCGCAAAGAGGAGGAGCUGAGCCAGACCAUCAGCAGCUUGCAGACGCAGCUGGGCGAGCUCGCCCUCAGCACCGAGAUCAUGGACGCCCAGCUCCGAGAGGUCAACCGCCUACUACUGUCUCUCCCCAGCCCGGCACCCCACCCGGCCCCGACCCCGGCAAGGGUAUGAAGCAAAGCUUUCUGGGAGGCUGGCACGGCAGCAUCUGGCUAGAGUUAGUCUCGUCUGUUUCAAGGGGAAAGAGACAUGGAGACGGAACGGCGUUACACUGCCGUGUGCCCGGCAACCAGAGACCCACGCUUCGUUCACAAACACAUCCUUGUCUGUCUCGGCGACCUCGGGCGCCAAAGGGGGGACAAAAGUGUUAAUGCUAGCAUUAGCAUAACCAGUUCUGGAACGAGGCUAUCACUAUGAUAUUCAUAGUGUUGUUCUCAUGCUGGCCGUGCAUGUACAGUACAUUGGUAACCCAGGAUGUGGUUCUGAAAUGGCGUAGAUUCAUUCAUAUCAUCAUGAGAUGGGCCACGUGAUUUUCAUUGAUGUUUUUUUUUUGAUUAACUCUAUUGCAGAAUCAAUGCGUGUUUUUUGGCUUGAACUAUAUCCAAGAACCCAAAUGUUGUAGGUCACACAGGUUGGAUUGCACUGAACAAUUCCUGUGUUUAUAAUCCAGAGAUUGGUCCAACCGACGUGUGUUUCAGGUUGAUUGACAGCUGAUGUAGUGUUUACACCUAGCUGGCUCUCAAUACAACACAGCCUGUACCAUAGGAGUGUAAAUGAAUCAUUGUAAAAUAAAGUCUAAAUUAUAAAUACUUCA